AUGGGAAUUCGAAGCGGCGCUCAGGACGCUAGCGUAGAGCCCGAGCUUUCAAUGCCUUUUGCGCCGUUUGCGCCGUUUCUGCGGACUAUAGGCGCUUAUCGAGAAGAUCAAGAUCCUCAGUCACGGUUCAGCCACCACAUGAACGAUCGAUUGACAAUUCCACUCGUUGACUCUGGUGGAAGAUCUUGA